AAAUGUAUGAAUAUAUUCUUGUGCGUGCUUGUAUUGGCUAGAAAGAAGAUUACGCCAAAGUUAUCAAAGCUAUGGCAGCUAGAUUUACAAAAGGUGUAAAAGUCUUUGUCCACGACAUAGAUAGAAUUUGAAUUAUUGAGAUCUAAUGAAAUUAAUUAGAGCAUGACCGUCAAAGCAGAGCAAUUGGAUAAACUGACUGCGGUGCCAUGUCCAGGAAAGUGUCUCAUGAAAUCAUUGAAUAUAAACUGUGCUUGGUUUCGUUUGUUGUAUUUGCCAUUUUCCUUGGUGUGCUUUUUUGGUUUAAUUAUGAUCGUGGUAUUCGCAGAAAUGGCGGAUUUGAAAGUUUAGGGGAAAUAAGUUUGGAUGAAGCAGGUACAGAUGAGAUUGGUUCUGAUAUAAUCGUUAGCUGUGUUGUCAAAAGUGGCACAUUUUCGUUGGCCAGAGUCAAGACGUUUUUCGAUCAAGUGGUAUUUGAAAGAAUAACUCUAGGUUGUAUUCCAGGAAGAAGAAAUUAUGUUAAGGUACCAGAUGGUGAGGAAGAAGCUACAUUAUUUGGUAAUCAUAAUAAAGAAUUUCAAGAUGAUUCUAGUUUGAAUAAACACACAUUUCAUGAUGAAGCAGUCGGUUUAAAACACACUGGUCAGCGAGAUCCGGAUGUACUCGACGAAAGACUUUUCGAUAUUGAAUCGGAUAAUGAUGUUCCUGAAGUGGCUCGCGAGGAGCACUAUUAAUUUUGAAACACUUAUUGUCGUUAUGUAAAUAGCUAGAGUAGUCUAAUAUUAAUCGUAUCUUCUCGUUGUAUUAGCAAAGCAAACAUGCUAAAUCUAUGUAUAAUGUCUAAACUAUCAAACUGAAUGCCAAUGCUACCACAUGAGCUUCCUGUAUAAAUCCUUUCUUGGUAUAAGUUUUAGCCACUAAUGCUGCAGAGUGCCAAGGAAUAUAGCAAAAGAUCACUGCAAAUCCUUACCAAACAUAUAAGCACCAACUAAUUUGUCAUGACCUUUCAACACAGCAACAUGCUUUACAUAACCAAUUCUUUCAAAUCCCAAAGAAUCCCAAAUCUUUAGACUGGCCGCGUUUGUUUCAAAUACUAAAUUAAACACGGAAUAAACGUAUCCUAACUUAGGUGCAAUUUCCAAAUACUUCUUCCCCAAUUCUUUACCCAAGCCUAAUCCUCUCUUGUUGUGAUUCACGACGAAUCCAGCAUUACAUACGUGAGAGCAACGACCGAUAUAAUUUGGUUUAAUGUAGAAGUUUCCAAGGAAAACCUUUUCCCAUUGAUCAACUGAAUAAUCGCCCUGUUUCAAUUCGUCCACACUAGAAAAGGUGUCACCAUCAAGAAGAACAGCCACGAAAUGCAAGAACCAAUAUUUGGUGAAUUCCUCACCAUGUAACGGAUUAUGAUGCGGAUAAGUUAGUCCUUCAUCUACAAUGAAGUUAAACUCGUUUUCAAUCACUUGGAUCAAGUUUGGUGGUAAUUGGUGAUGAUCAUGUAUAGGGAACAAUGUGACUUUAUGCAGUGGAUCUUUAGUUAAAGCAAAUUGGAUUGGUGUUGUGAACUGGGGGGUAUUUUCAAAUUUAUGAUCGGCAAAAGGCAAAUCCUUGACUGUAUCGUAUGGAGUGGGUACAGUCAUGUCUCUCUAGCUAUAUAUCUAUAGGAAUUUACGACAACGGUGUAGUAUUUCACAACU